ACCACAUCAAGUCCAACACCUCGUAUUCGCAUUAUGUGAGGUCUCGCACAGGGUGUGUUCCCUCCCGCAGCCUAAAUAGCCAGAUGACAAACAUGAAUGAGCCAACGCGUAUCGAGUCUACUACUUCGCUUUACCCUCCGACUUCAACUCACAUGGCAACCCAUCAUGUUCUGCUGACCAUGAAAUCACUGUGGCGAGGAUAAGUGACAAUUGACACCUUUGCAGCACUUCUCCAGUCCUCAGGUCUCAUCUUACUUUGGUCGCAACAUAGAUUACACCAGGAUCAUGCCGGAGUCACCAAAACCUCCUGCACUUGACUUGGCAUCUGUUCCGCCAAUAUACAUCCUGCCAAGUCACCUGGACCCGGAAGCAUUGCAUGAGCAGGAGGAUCUCGUCUUCCGACUAGGUGGAUCUCUCACGUACGACUCUCAGGAGGCACGAGUGUUCCUGGGCAAGAUCGGCCAAAAGAAACGUGCCGCCUUUGAUCUGAGAGCGAGAGGAGUGUGGACUGAGGAAGCGCUCUUGCCUGAGAUCGAUCACCAAUAUCCUAGUCGUGACAAUCACGACAAAGGACAGCCACCUCACAAGAAGGCCAGGACAGGAUGGAUUGAACGUGAUGUGAAGAGGCGAGACCUAAAGCGAAGACGGGAUUCUAGAUCAAGCACGAGCACCGAAGCCUCGACUCGGUCCGAAAACCAUCCUCCUUCACCACCACCGGUUGUGUCGUGGCCGAACCUGAAAUCCCACAUCGUCGUCCUCAAACUCGCCUGGCUCGAGUCCUGUAUCAACAAAGGUCACAUUGUCCACUAUAAACCGUACAUAAUCUACAGUGGCAAGAUCAUCCCCAAGCCAGCGGGUGAAACCUCACCCAAAGCACUCCCCGACCCGACGACGUACGUCAAGACGACCGCUUCCGGCUCGUCCUCCUCUCACCAUGUACCAAAACCCACCACGUCCAUCCUCGAACGUGCCAAAGCCGAUGCGGCUAUGCAUCAAUCUCAUCCGAGUACCUCCGCAACCUCCCACCUUCAUCGUCGCCGCUUCGGUGACCAUGCACACUCAACAUCAUCCCACCAAGCAAAGCACCCACCGAAACUCCAUCGCACCACGACGUCCGAGUUCGAGGAUCUCGCCAACAACCCUCUCCCACCCUUGCCCGACUGGGCCACGGGACGGUACGCGCACUACUCGUGUUGCCGCGACACGCCUAUGGUCACGCGCAACGCCGCCUUCAUCGCACAACUCACCAAGAUCAAAGAAUCGCGGCUCCUCACGCUCGACGACAUCGGCGUGCGAGCCUACUCGACGUCCAUCGCCAGCCUGUCCGCCUACGAACACCACAUCCGCCACCCGGACGAGAUCACCCGCCUCCCCGGGUGCAACGCCAAGCUCGCGGCCUUGUGGACCGAAUGGUACCACUCGGCCGACACGGACGGGGAGCGGUCGAUCGCGACGGUCCGCGCGCUCGACGACGACGACGACCUCCGGCACCUCCGGCUGUUCUGGAACAUAUGGGGCGUGGGUCCCGACACGGCGCGGAAAUUCUACUUUGAGCGCGGCUGGAGGGACUUGGACGACGUGGUCGAGUUCGGCUGGUCGGGCCUCACGCGCGUCCAGCAGAUCGGGGUCAAGUACUACGACGAGUUCCUGGCCAAGAUCCCCCGGGCCGAGGUCGAGGGCAUCGCGGGUGUCAUCUUGCGCCACGCCCGGGGCGUCUUGGGGGUUGGGCCCGCGCAACACGGCGGGCCCCAGGACGUCGAGUGCGUGAUCGUCGGCGGGUACCGCCGGGGGAAGACCGAGUGCGGGGACGUCGACGUCGUGCUCAGCCACCGCGACGAGGAAAAGACCAAAGACCUGGUGGUCGACGUGGUGUCGAGCCUCGAGGCCGAAGGUUGGAUCACCCACACCCUCAGUCUGCACACCACGACCAGUGAUCGAGGGCAGGCGACCUUGCCGUUCCGCUCGACCGGCCAUCACCAUCACGGUGCCGGUGGGUUCGACAGUCUGGACAAGGCGUUGUGCGUCUGGCAGGACCCGAGGUUUGAACAAGAUUCUCUUGCGGGUCUCCAUCCGGACGAGGCAAGCCCGAACCCAAAGAGCGACGAAAAGAAACAAGACCAAAAAAACCCAAACGUCCAUCGGAGGGUGGACAUCAUCAUCUCGAGUUGGCGCACCGUCGGCUGUGCCGUGUUGGGAUGGAGCGGCGGUACCACGUUCCAGAGGGACAUACGACAGUUUGUCCACAAGACCAAAGGUCUCAAGUUUGACAGUUCGGGCGUCAGGGACCGUGCCAACGGCCUGGUCCUCGACUUUGAGAGCCCGAGGCCGAAGACCCAAAACGCCCUCGAGGCCAUCUUGAAGGGUCAAAAACCGUCACCACCGCCGGACCUCUCCCGGCCCGGUGACCAGUGGGACGACGGGGACACUUGGCAGGACAGGGAGCGGAGACUCAUGGACGGUCUGGGUUUUGGAUAUAGACCUCCUGAGAAACGGUGCACCGGGUGAAGAUUUUGAUUACAUACCUACCUACCUAUGGGAUAGUCCGCGGCCAAACUUUCAAAUCUUCAGGGAUCUAGGUAUUCGUUGCUGGUCGACGACGCACCGCACGAUCCGUCCAACUUUGGAUCUGUACUUUUGUAUAUAACAAUCUUAUCUUUG